UUUGAGUGCGAGAGGAGAGGGAGACGAGAUUAGGAGUGGAGAACAGAACGGAGAGCAUUCAUGCACACAAGCUUUAAAUUGCCUUCAACAGACACACUGAAUGCCAAACUACUAUGCAAAAUGCGAUGCUGGAACGAAAAGGGAGAGAAAUGCCCUUAGCUGUCGUUUCAGCUAUACUAAUAAUAAUAUAGUACGCGCCCUUUAUAAAAGUAAGUGAUAUCGCACAAAAGCAGGGAAACGGAACUAGAGAGAGCAGCGGCGAACUAUGCACUGAUGAUGAUUUCUGCCAGAAAAACUCCGGAGAAGAGUCGCUACCACCUGCAUUUUCUGGUGUGGCAUAACAAACACCGGCAGCUGGAGAAAGAGCUCUCAGCUCGCGAGCAGGUUGAUUUAGAAGUGUUGGACCCACGGGGUCGGACUCCUUUGCACCUUGCCGUGACACUGGGCCAUUUAGAUUGCGCCCGUCUGUUAGUCCAGCAUGGAGCCGAUGUCAGCAGAGAAAACAGAAAUGGCUGGACAGUGUUGCAGGAGGCCAUCAGCUCACGUAACCCAGAGAUGGUGCGUCUGGUGCUGCGUUACCGUGACUACCAGCGCACCACCAAGCGACUGGCGGGGAUCCCACGCCUGCUGGAGAGACUCCGACAGGCACAGGACUUUUACGUGGAAAUGAAAUGGGAGUUUACAAGUUGGGUUCCUCUCGUGUCUCGUAUCUGUCCGAGUGACACAUAUCGGGUAUGGAAGAGUGGCCAGUGUUUGCGGGUGGACACAACGCUAAUGGGAUUUGAGCAAAUGACCUGGCAAAGAGGCAAUCGCAGCUUCAUAUUCAGGGGUCAAGGUGCGUGCAGUGGCUUUUCCCCUGCACUGAACCUCCUUUAUUUUUCUCUGCCUGCUGCCUACAAAUCAGAUUUAGACUCCAGCGCCAUGGUAAUGGAAGUGGAUCAUGACAGACAGCUGGUGUUUUGCGAGACGCUGCCAUGCCUGUCUUCCUCUCCCACCUCGCCCUCCACGAGGCCGUGCACAAACACUUUGCGCCUUCUGGGGGCGCUGCAGCCCAGCGACGAACAGGUGGCGGCCCGUCUAUCUGCUCCCGUGGUAGCGACGCAGCUGGAUACCAAAAACAUUUCCUUUGAGAGGAAUAAAACGGGCAUUCUUGGCUGGCGUAGUGAGAAAACGGAGGUGGUAAAUGGGUACGAAGCAAAGGUUUACUGUGCUUCUAAUGUGGAGCUGAUCACACGUACACGUACUGACCAUCUCACCGACCAGCACAAAACAAAACCCAAAGGGGGCAAGACUCCUCUGCAAUCCUUCCUGGGUAUCGCUGAACAGCAUAUAGGGCCUAACAACGGACACACUAUGGUGACUCAGAAAUCAUGUCCUGCAACGAACCCUUUGGCCGUGACGGCAGAGGAGUACUUUAAUCCCAACAUGACUCAGAGAGACAUCGGCCAGCCCUGUCACCUCACCACCAAAACACAAAGGUUCAAAGCCAAGCUGUGGUUGUGUGAAUCACACCCUUUAUCUCUGUCGGAGCAGGUGGCUCCUAUCAUCGACCUCAUGGCCAUCUCCAACGCACUGUUCGCCAAGCUUAGGGACUUCAUCACCUUGCGCUUGCCUCCUGGCUUUCCCGUCAAAAUAGAAAUUCCCAUCUACCACAUUCUGAAUGCUCGCAUCACCUUUGGAAACCUAAAUGGUUGUGAAGAGGGUGGUUUGCCCCGAGUGGAUGCUGAAGGGGACGGACAGAAGGACAGCCCCAGGACAGAGACUCCAUCUCCAGGCAGUGACUCCUCCAGCGUGUCCAGCUCCAGCUCCACAAACUCGUGUCGUGGAGGGGAGAUCCCAUCUUGUGUGUUUGAGGCUCCGCGAGGCUACAGCAUUUUAGGAGGAAACCAGAGGGAGAACAUUAGAGAAGAGGAAGAUGAUCUGCUACAGUACGCUAUCCAGCAGAGCCUGAUAGAGGCAGGAUCAGAAUAUGACCAGGUGACGAUCUGGGAGGCUUUGACCAAUAGUAAGCCAGGAACACACUCUCUGUCCUGUGACCCCAGCCGGCACGAAAGAACCCCACAGCACAAACCUAGCCCUGUGGAGAGCCCUCGCAGCACACCGACCAAUAAGCCACCACGCAGCUAUGACGAGCAGCUGCGUCUAGCUAUGGCACUGUCCGCCCGUGAACAGGAAGAGGCGGAGCUACGUCAAAGACGAGAGGAAGAGGACCUGCAGCGUAUCAUUCAGCUAUCACUCAUGGAGAAGUGACUGGGUUAGUGGGAACUGAGGGGUGGGAGAGCAUGUCUAGGGAUCUGGAACCAACUACAUUGGCCAUUCCAAAGGCCCAACCCUCUUCUUCCAAAGAACUGGAUAAAAUGGGCCGAUCUCUUGUCCAGUCUUGAGUGAAUCGUUCAGAAUCACAGAGAAAACACGGUCUUCACUGCAAGUUUACAAACACAAACUAUUAAAAUCAUGGCAAUCCACUGACUGAUCAGCACGGGUCUGGUUUCUUAACGUGUGAAUGUGCAUUUAUGACUGAGAAAGUCCACACUACGUACCUUGGCAUUGUUUCUAAAAGCCAUCAUCUGAACACUUGCUGAGAGUUCUUGCAGUAGGUGUGAGUUCUGGGGGAAUCUUGCCACUUUUUUCAAGUUUUAAAUUAUAGACUAACUUUAAUUUUGGUUUAUAAUAUACAUCAGAUUCACUGUAUUUGGAUUGAGGAGCCAUGAUGUCUCCUAAAAGAAUGUUUGAGGGCAUUUAAACAAGAGUUUAUGCUGCAGCUCCAUCGAUCUUGAUGGGAAUGCUGCGUUCACAAAAAGCGUAGAAGGAAAACUUAAUGAUUUGUGAAAGUGACACUUCCAUUAAGUAACCAAAGUUGCUUAAUAACAACUUUGGUUAAUGCCAUUUCAUUAAUCCUUAAAAUUUGAAGAUCUCAUACAGGAGGGUUUUGAGAAAAUGUUUUCCCAUUUGAUUUCAAAGACCUGUUCGCAGUAGCGCAAUUGUUUGACAUGAAAAUUUAGUCCGAGUUUUGCAUGCCAUUUGUCUGUUCAGACCAAUAUGAAAAAAGAUAGGUUAAAUGAAAAUGAAAGUUUCUCUCUGAAAGUAGCUGGCAAUUAUGGAAAAAUAAGGUACAGGGGACCAGUGGUGCUCAAGUUUCCAUUUUGACAAACUGGAUGUCAUGGAAGUUUAAUGGUGUGUGCAGACCAAAAGUUAAUCUAAUUAUUUGCGCAAGUAUAUUACAUACAAAGUCAAUGCAAAGACACGAAUAGACACGAAUGUGUCGGCUGACGCAAAGGAAUGCGAAUUGGGCAAUACGUUUGCCUUGAUCAUGCAUUAUACACCUUAAUCACGUGCAAGUUUAAAGGUUUUGACUCAAGUUGAAAAUUCGCAAGAUGCAUUGUCACGUAAUCCGAUCAGAGAAGAGCUUGUUGAUACAUCCAGUUGUAACAGAAAAGGAUUUUUAUUUAUUUAUAAGAUUUAUUUUUGCCGUUUUUUUCUGACUGGACAGUAGUAAUGCAAGGAAGCGAAAUAGGAGAAAGAGAGGGGGGCGGGAUCUGGAAAGGUUCAUGAGAUGGGAUUCAAAUUGGGACGCCCAUAGCGCAAUGGCUUCUAUUGUUUUUAUUUAUGCAAGUGAUGCGAAAACAUCCCACAGAUAAU